AAGCGUCCUUGUGGCUCCGAGUUAACCAAACGUAGUGAAUGCAGUUAGCGCCGCAGGCUGGCCCUGCCCGCCACCAGGGUCACUCCCGCCUUCUAAGGUUGGGGGGACAGCCUGCCCCGCAGCCGCCUCCUCCACCAGAUUUUCAGCUACUGAUGUUACAAACAAUAAAAUAUUGGAACAUAGAGUUGAGGAAAAGACUUAAACCAGCAGAUUUUUCUUCUAUUAGUUAAAAAUAUGGAUCCUGAGGCAGAGGGACCACCAGUUAUCAAAGUGACACCUCUUCAACAAGUGCUUGCCUCUUGUACUGGAGCUAUACUGACAUCGCUGAUGGUGACACCUUUUGAUGUUGUUAAAAUUCGACUCCAAGCCCAGAACAACCCAUUCUCCAAAGGAAAAUGUUUUCUAUAUAGUAAUGGACUCAUGGAUCAUCUAUGUGUCUGUGAAGAGGAAGGCAACAAAGUAUGGUAUAAGAAGCCAGGACAUUUCAAGGGAACAUUGGAUGCCUUUUUGAAAAUCAUUCGAAAUGAGGGCAUUAAAUCCUUGUGGAGUGGCCUUCCUCCCACCUUAGUGAUGGCUGUUCCUGCCACAGUUAUUUAUUUUACCUGCUAUGAUCAAUUAACAGCUCUUCUGAGAUCUAAAUUAGGAGAAAAUGAAAGCUGCAUACCAAUUGUUGCUGGAAUUAUGGCCAGAUUUGGUGCAGUAACUGUAAUAAGUCCUCUAGAAUUGAUUAGAACCAAGAUGCAGUCUAAGAAGUUUUCUUCUGAGGAACUGCAUCAAUUUGUCAGGAAGAAAGUUUCUGAAGACGGUUGGACUUCCCUCUGGAGGGGCUGGGCUCCUACUGUUCUUAGAGAUGUCCCAUUCUCAGCAAUGUACUGGUAUAACUAUGAAGUUUUAAAGAAAUGGUUGUGUGCAAAAUCUGGUUUACAUGAACCAACAUUUAUGAUCAACUUUACUUCAGGGGCACUAUCUGGUUCUUUUGCAGCUGUUGUAACUUUGCCAUUUGAUGUGGUAAAAACACAAAAGCAGACACAACUCUGGAUAUAUGAAAGUCGUAAAAUUUCUAUGCCUUUGCAAAUGUCAACCUGGACUAUAAUGAAGAACAUUGUUGCUAAGAAUGGAUUUUCUGGAUUAUUUACAGGCCUAAUUCCUCGUUUAAUUAAAAUUGCUCCUGCUUGUGCUAUUAUGAUCAGUACAUAUGAAUUUGGAAAGGCUUUUUUCCAGAAACAAAAUGCUCGGAGACAGCAAUACUAGUGAUGUUGUUUCAACCUGAAGUAAAACUAUGACCAAAUUAUAAGAUGGAGACUCUUAGGCAAGAGCUUUUUCACCAUUAUCUUACAGUGAUUUUAUAUCUUUAUCUGUAAUUUAAAUGAAUAGUAAAUUUCUACUUUGACUUUAAAUCAUAAUCCUAAUUUUAAAAUAAAUUUUGUUAUCCUAAUUUCUGAGCUAUUGAAAAAGAUAUUCCAGAAUCACAACCACUGAGCAUUCUUGUAAAAAUAAAACUUAUUCCUUAGCACUGAAGCAGUAAUCUCUAAGAAUUUGAUAUAGAUUCUGGUGUAACUUAAUCCUAUUGGGAGUGUGUCAGAUACAUGAGAACAUUUUGAAUUAUGUGCUGAAUGACGUAGUCUAGAAGAAAAAUUCCCAAGUCUUUUACACAAUUUAAAUCACAGACAUAGAUAUUUAAGUGUUUCAGCAAAGUAGAUAAUGGAAGGCUGUCUGUUAAUAACAUUAUUCACAUUUACCAGAUAUUACCAUUUUAUUUAAUUCAAAUGCAUUUGGGUUUUUGGUCUUUUUUAAAAACCCUGUUGCUGCUUUAAGGCCUCAUGUGUAUUAGGAUUUCUCCGAUUAAAGGUAUGGCUAUUUUAUCUUCAUGAACCAAAAUAUAAUUUGCAUAAUAUCAGUGCUGCUAUUUUUGGUGACUAAAGACUCUGAAUUAUCUACUGUUCCUGUGUGAGAGAGGGAGGCUUUACUGAUUGUAGUAAAUGUUCAUUUCACUCAAACUUGGGUGUGCAGUGGAAAACCACACUGUAUUUACACUAGUAAAAAUGAUGUUUCAGCACAGGAAAGGCCUCUGGCUUCACCAUCUUGUAAUUCAAGUAUCACUGUUUGCAGAGUUCUCUAGGCGAGUUUAUUGGCUUGUUCUAACAAAAUUGAAAUUAUUAAUACAGUAUCAAACACAAAAUAUUUCCAAAAUGUCCCCUGAUUUUACACAUCUCACAUUAGUAUGCUGGACCAAGAAAUAAACAGGCAGCAGUUUCCUUGAAUAAAGUGUUUUCAGUCACUGGAGGCUCAUGCCUAAGUGAUUUAGUUUAUGAAUGUAGAAAUGAAAUGACAAGGAUAUGAUGGCAAGACAAGAAACAAUAUCCUUUUUUAAUAUUUUUUUUGAUCUUCUCAGGAUCUGUAUCCUAUCAGAAGAAGCACUUUAUUGCAGUCUGGUGUAUUUUAUGAAAUGUGAAGCAUUUCUCCCUAAAAUAGAGUAUUAUGUUUAAGUGACAAAUCUUUAGUGUUGAUAGAGGAAUUAAUAUAUUUUCUAUUGUAGUAGAAAACUGUUCAUAUGUUUCACCACAGAUAAACUAUUUACAGUUUGUAUUUAACCUUCUGUGUUCAUUUUAUCCUGUGUUAAUUUACCUCAACUAAAUAAUUUAACUUAAAUAAUUUGCAACAUAUAUAUUCAUAAAAUGUAAAUAUUUAUAACUUUGCCAUAUUUUCAUUAAAAUAUUUCAUGCUUUCUUAAAAUCAUCACUGUGCUACUAGUUAAAUAUUUUCAUAUAAAAUUACUGUGUUAAUGCUAUAUUAUACACACAUAUAUACAUAUUACACAUGCACAAAAGUUGACCUUGAACACUGCUGUUUAACAAUAUUAAGUUUAAAUUUACCUUGGUUCUCCUAUGCUUCUUUUUGAUAACUGGUAGAAAAAGGCAGAAAAAUUCAGAUUUUGAAUACUGCUCUCAAAAAACAGUCACAUAUUUCAACUUAAAUGUCACUUAUACAUACCUGAUGGGGAAUUUUCAUCUUUCCCCCACCCCAAUACUGACUGCAGUUGUCGAAAAUUCUUCCUUUAUGACUGGAAUAACUUAAAUAGAAUUCCCUACAUUUUUUCUAACAUGAAUCACACACAGUGUAAUCUGGAUGAAAACAAGGUUGAACUGAAGCUUCCUCUAUACUUAAGUGAUAAAGAAGCAUUAAUAGUGGCAACUGAAAAAGCCUUGCCUACAAAUUGUGUUCUUGGUAAUACUUCUGAAAGGGAAAGUUUUUCAUUCUGUUAAUGUUAAAUUUUCGAACAUACACAUUUAAUUUCUUAUGUGUAAGUUUUUUAAGAAAAAAUGUCUUAUUCAAGUAUUACAUAUUUGUUACUUUUCAUAUAAUACCCAUUUGACUUUUUUAAAAAGUAAUACAGAAUUUAAUUUUUUCUUCUAUUUCUAGGGAAAUUAUUCAUUAUGUUUACUUAACCACAUUUGACUCUAAAUUCUUCCCUCUUUUUUGCUGGGGCACAAAUUCCAGGGAUGUGGGAAAGUAUAGUGUAUCACCUGCAUUUUUUUCCAAAAUGAACUUUUAAAAUGAAUGACUACUCUUAUGUUUUAAUCUAUCACUCAGCACUUACUGAGACCUUUUAUGUGGUAGGCCGUAUAAAAAACACUGGAGAUAAGACAUUUCAGAUGCUGGCACUGGCCUCGAGGAUUCAGCUGUGAUUGUUUAGAAGUAUGCAAAAGGAGUAAUGGAAAAGCUGAAGAGUUCUCCCCUCAGCCUGGGGGUAGAGACGGAUUGGUCAGAAAAUACUUCUAAGGUUAAGACAUACCUGAAUUAUGAUCCAAUUAAACAUACCUGAAGGUUGAGCGUCUCGAUCAGUGCCCGUGGCCUGAACAAAGAGUUUGAGUAUGAGGUCAGAGAGCAGACUGGAAAUGGUCCAAGAGGCCUUGCGUGCCAAAGGGGGAACAAGAAGGCAAGAGAAACCAAGGAUGUAUUUUGGCACAGCUGUAAACGUUAAAGGGUUGUGUUGUGGUGUUUGUUUCCUCCCCCAAGAUCAGUUAUUUUGGUGGUUCUGUGUUUUGUGUGUGUGUGUGUUUUUCACUGAAAGAAAAUAUGAUAGCAUAGUUUAGCACAGCAUAGAAAAGAAAACAUCAGAAUGUGUUACGUAUUAAGGCCAAGUGUUGUGUAGUGAAACUGGUUUUAGCUGUGUUUCAGAGUUGGGUUUUAGAAAAAAUAACUGCCAGUAUGGAAAAUGGGACUUACGAUAAUAAGUGACCUAUUUGAAAACAAUGAAAAGUUUUGGUUUGGACUGAAAUAUAUUUUUAAAAGGUACCACAGUGACAGUUACAUAGUUUUAUCUUCCCCUUCCAGUCAGUGAAAAAGAACAAAUGCUAAAGCUAAAUAUAAGUAGCUGCUUUGCUUACAGAAGAGCAAAGUGGACUAAUUAAAAAAAAUUAGAACUCUGAUGUUCAAAGCAGUCAUGUGACAUUUCAGAGGCAAUCCAAUGUAUUAGUUUAUCAAAACUGGAAAUUUUAACCCCUGAUAGGAAACUUAACAAAGAAUUUCCAUAAGUGGUAAAUCUGAGACACAUUUUUUAAUCACUUGAAAACUUGUAUAUAAAUCUAAUA